CGGGUGAAGGCAGAGGCCUGCCCUGGUGGCUCUGUGUGGAUCUGUGCCCGUUGUCCCUGAAGCUGAACAAAAUCAGGGUGGCCACUGCCGCGGGUGUGGAUGUGCCUGACAAGAUGAAGAGCCAAAUCCCAGUGGUGCUCCUGGCCUGUGGCUCCUUCAAUCCGAUCACCAACAUGCACCUGCGCUUGUUUGAGGUGGCCAGAGACCACCUACAUCAAACAGGAAUGUACCAGGUGAUCGGGGGUAUCAUCUCUCCUGUCAACGACAACUACAGGAAGCAAGACCUCGUGGCUGCCCACCACCGGGUGGCCAUGGCCCGGCUGGCCCUGCAGACGUCCGACUGGGUCCGGGUGGACCCCUGGGAGAGUGAGCAGGUGCAGUGGAUGGAGACAGUGAAGGUGCUGAGGCAUCAUCACAAUGAACUGCUCAGAUCUCUGCCCCAGACGGAAGGCCAGGACCACGGCAGGGCUCGCUCCGUGGCCCCCACAGAGAGAGACACAGCGAGAGAGGGAACACAAGCAAAGCACACUGUCCCCCAAAAUGCCCACGGAUAUCUGAUGUAUGUCACUACAUCGUGGUUAAGACGAAUCAGAUCGGCAGCCUUUAUUCAACACCUCAGACUUACGUACUUGGACAGUCAGUACCCAGUGUGA